AUGCCUUUCGUUCCCUUUGAUGAGGAGAUGACCGACUUGUUCCAGGAGUCCUGGCUUUCGGAAGACCCAGAUGCCAACACUGGGUCAAUACCGAUUGUCCUUGAUCCUGAGCAAGCCCCGAUUGGCCUUUACGUACCGGCCGAACAGGAGCCCGCUGCCGCCACUGCCGCCGCUGCCGCCUCUUUCGUGGACCCCAGCAUGCUCGGUUUGGACGGUACUGGCGGCGACUUUCUUCCUGGUUUUCAACCUUUGGACAAUGGUAUGACGGACCCCAUGGACGUGGACAACAUUCCUGAUCAUCAGGACGAAUUGCCCACUCCCCUUGGCGGUUUGAACGGCUCUCUGGUUUCGGGUAAAUUUAUCAAUCUAGAUGACACUAGUCAUCUAGAUAUCUUUCUUAAUCUGGACAACGCCGGCAAUCUGGACAACGCUGGCAAUCUGGACACCUCUGCUGUAGACCCGCUGGUGUAUUACUCGCCGCCAAAAGUCCAGCAUAUACAGCCCAAUUCAUGGCAGCUGGGCCCUCGGAGCGCAUGGGACGCCUACCAGCCCUCGAACUUCCCGGUUUCGUCGGCUGGUCACGAAUUCGAACAAUUUCACAUCAAGUUCGACUAUCGCCCCUUGCCGCCCAGCCGAAGCCUACGCGAGCCCAAGGCAGCCAAGAUGUACGUUGAAAAGUACACACCUCGGGAGCCGAAAUGGGCGUAUCCCAUCGUCCUGGUCCACGGCGAUUUCCACACGGGCAAAAUCUGGGCCACCAAGCCCGACGGCAAGCAAGGAUGGGCGGCCUUUUUCAUCAACAAGGGCUUCACCGUCUACGUCGUCGACCUGCCUGCCUGCGGACGAUCCAUCGAAUUCGACCAGUCCAUCGUCCAAUGGAGCAAGUACGCGAGCUGCACGGCAAAGCUCACCCGCGACAAUGCCGAAGCCACGUGUACAGCGGCGAGCAAGUUCCAGCGAUGGCCCGACGCCCACAAGCACACCCAAUGGCCAGGAAAUGGACUGCGAGACGACGGAAUUUUCGAAACGUACAUGGCUUCGACGGUGCCCCUGUACUUCCGCCGACACGAACGACAAGCCAUCGGCAAGGAGGCCCUGACAAAGCUCGUCCAGCGCACCGGGCCGGCCAUUCUCCUCGGCGAAGGGAGCGGCGCCACGCUCUCGUACCUGGCGGCGGACGCGCUCCCCGACACCGUCAAGGCCGUCCUGGCCGUGGAGCCCGCCGGCCCCCCGGGAGGCACAAGCCGCGCGCUCAAGGACAACGCGCUCGUCUUCACCAACCAGGUCCGGUACUUCGCGCAGCACCGGCCGUACGGGCUGGCCGACAUCCCGCUCACUUUCGAGCCGGCUGUGCCCGAGCCGGCCUACGACGAGCACGGCGUCACCCAGCCGCCGCUGGACCUGUUUGCGACCGCCGUGGGCACCAGCAACGGCGUCUGCCUGCUUCAGCGUGGCGGGCCGGAGCUCAGGCAGGCCGACACCACGGGCAGGGUGCUGCCGCCGGAGGCGCGCCCGGGCAUGGUCAGGAAGCUGGCGGCGCUGGGCAAGGUGUGCCAGCUCGUGGUGACGGCGGAGGCGAGCCACCACGCGACGUGCGACGGGGCCACGGUCGCGUUUAUGCGGCAGGCUGGCGUCGGCGUCGACCACAUCAAGCUCGAGGAGGCGGGUGUCUGUGGCAACGGCCACCUCAUGUACCUGGAGAAGAAUAGCGACGCGGUCGCCCAGGUCAUCCUUGAGUGGGUGGUGUCGAGGGUGCCAGGGGCCUCGUUGUGA